AUGCAGAUCUUCGUGAAAACUCUAACCGGAAAGACCAUUACUCUCGAGGUUGAGAGCAGCGAUACUAUUGACAAUGUCAAGGCCAAGAUUCAGGACAAAGAAGGUAUACCUCCUGAUCAGCAGAGGCUUAUAUUUGCUGGUAAACAAUUGGAAGAUGGCCGGACCUUAGCAGAUUACAAUAUCCAAAAGGAAUCAACACUUCAUCUUGUUUUGAGGCUCAGGGGAGGAACUAUGAUCAAGGUGAAGACACUCACAGGAAAAGAAAUUGAAAUCGAUAUUGAGCCAACUGAUACUAUUGAACGUAUCAAGGAACGGGUUGAGGAGAAAGAAGGAAUUCCACCAGUCCAACAAAGGCUCAUUUAUGCUGGCAAGCAGCUUGCAGAUGACAAAACUGCUAAAGAUUACAACAUUGAGGGUGGCUCUGUUCUUCACCUGGUCCUUGCUCUGAGGGGUGGUGGUCUUUAG